AGAGUUCUCCUCCAGUAUAAAUGCAAGCGAAUUAUGGCUUGUCACACAAUUACCAUGCUUCUUUCAAUGCCGUCUAUUAGAGUCGUCACCACUCUCCUGCUAUGCGUAUUAGUCAUGAAAGGUGGAUUGGCUGCUAAGAAUGCAGCUUGUGCAGAUAGCAAAUAUAAAGAAACUCUCAAAAAAAAUAUUGAUUAUUUCAAUGAGAUUCUUAGCUUUUAUGAAGAAUUCACUAGAAGAUAUACAGAAAAAGUGAACAAUAUAGACAAAAUGCUGAAGACAUUACAAGAUGAUAUGAAAGAGAAAUCGCCGAAUCAAGCUGAAAAGAUAGACGCAUAUGUUCAAUGCCAGAGUCGUAGAUAUGAAGACUACUAUCGACCAGAUGCCUACCUGGCCAUCAAAGCUGAGAUGCUGGCAGUGAAAGACGUCUUUGACAAAUUCAUCCCCGAAUUCGAUAAGGACCUGCUUCACUACAGAAAAUUUUAUGAAGAAUAUGCAGACAACGUGAAGAAAAAUCGAAAUGGUCCUGGAUAUGACGGAUGUAACGCCUAUAGACUUUCUGGAGACAUCCCCGAUACUACAAGUUUGAAACUAAUAAUACCUCAGAAGUAUGCUGCAGCGUCAACUCUUCAGAUAAAGUCAGAGCUUAAAUCCAUGUAUGAAAAAAUCGCCUCCGGAUUAAAGGUGAGAAAAAAUAAAGUUAACAAUGGAAAUGCUUGAUUAGAAUUAAUCGACUAUUCAUUGUUUAUGCUCAUUUUACAGAGAACAAAGCCUCUCUCAUUCAUCUUAAUGCAUGCAAACAAGCGUAUCAUCUAUCCAUCUAUUUCUGUGAUGAAUUCCAGAAGAUCAAUAAUCCUGAACCUGAGAAUUAUAAUAAUUCCUUUCAACAUGCUUAGAAUGAUGAAAUUCGGGAGAAGUGAUUGAUAUAUAAGUGUGGAUCGCGGGAAUGUCUCUAGCAAAUGACAGCAACAGUGUAUUCACUACAAGCAAGUUUGAAUCCCUAUAUUGCCAAAAGUGUAACAACUUUCACAACGAGGCCACGAUGAGAGUGUUGAACGUUCUUCUCUCAAGUGUAAAAUAAAGUUUCAUAGGACAUUUUUUUUUGAAGGUGUAUAAAUUACGUGUGACCUCGCUACAACUCUCCAUUACAUUCACAAGCAUAAUUAUCAAUUAAAAAACCAUUUCCCUUUUGCACAUCACUCUCUAAUUCUUUCCAUUUCCCUUGAAAGGUUGAAUAUGAAAAGUGCUAAAGGAUGCGGUACAGAUGUCGUCGAUGAAUGGAACAUCAUUCAGUGUGAUUUCACAGUAUAAUAACAAUAUUAUCAUAUACAAUUUCUGAUAAAAAAUUUCCAUUUCUUCAAAUUACACAAUAUUGCUUAAAUACAUAUUUUGAUUCGC